CUUAUCUCGCCCAUUAUUUUCGUGAUUCUUUCUCUUUCUCUCUCAUCCUUUUCAGUUUUUGAGCGCCAGCCAAGCGAGCCAUUCCCUCCAAUACCGUAAUUUUCCAAUUUCCAUUGCUCGUGACCCUAAAAGCGCGGAAACAAGUCCUAAAACUGAAAAGUCGUGUUAUUAAUUUCCCCCCCACGAUCCUCAACGCGGAAUCUUGAUCCAUGCCGCUGCGGGGACUGGGACUAAGUUUUGUGUCGUAUAUGCAGCGAAAUCGGAAUCGGAAUUAAGAUCGAUGCUGUCGUUGUCUGUGGCGGGCGGGAGAGCUGUGUCGGAGAUUAACCAUCACCGUCGUCGUCGACAUGACGGAGAAGGAGGAGAAGAAAACGACAUGUCGUCGUCGUCGUCGUCGUCGGAGGGGGAAGAGGAGUACGAGUUGCAGGACAUAAGGGAUCGGAUAAAAUCGUCGAGAGGAAGCCGAUUCAAUCUGAUCGAGAAUGAGUUGGGAUUGGCCUCCACUAUUCGAAGCAAAUUCAGCCGCGGAAAUGUCAUAAAUGGCAUCAAAGACCUCUCCAAGGACCUCGUUAUUUAUCCCGAUAACAAGUGGUAUAGGGUAUGGCAGAAGUUCAUAUUGAUAUGGGCAGUGUACUCUUCAUUCUUCACUCCCUUGGAGUUUGGCUUCUUCAGAGGACUGAACGAAGACCUCUUUGUGCUCGACAUCGUGGGACAGAUCGCAUUUCUCGUCGACAUCGUCUUACAGUUCUUCGUCGCCUACCGAGACAGUCAGACCUACCGUAUGGUCUGUAAGCGCAACCCUAUUGCUCUCCGGUAUUUGAAAUCACAUUUUGUUAUUGAUCUGCUUGGUUGUUUGCCUUGGGAUAUUAUCUAUAAGACAUGCGGGAGAAAAGAGGCCGUGAGAUAUCUUCUAUGGAUCAGGCUAAGCAGAGUGCGCAAAGUAACUGCUUUCUUCCAGAACUUGGAGAAGGACAUACGAAUCAAUUACCUCUUCACUAGGAUUGUAAAACUCAUUGUUGUUGAACUGUAUUGCACACAUACAGCGGCUUGCAUUUUCUACUAUUUGGCAACCACUCUGCCUGCUUCUAAAGAAGGUUAUACUUGGAUUGGGAGUUUGAAGUUGGGUGACUAUAGCUAUUCACACUUUCGAGAGAUUGAUUUAUGGAAGCGCUACAUGACGUCCUUAUAUUUUGCCAUUGUCACCAUGGCCACUGUUGGUUAUGGAGAUAUACAUGCAGUUAAUUUGAGAGAAAUGAUAUUCAUAAUGAUAUACGUGUCAUUUGACAUGAUUCUUGGUGCAUAUUUGAUCGGUAACAUGACAGCAUUAAUAGUGAAAGGAUCAAAGACAGAAAAAUUUCGAGACAAAAUGACAGAUCUCAUCAAGUAUAUGAACAGAAAUAGACUUGGGAGGGAUAUCAGGAAUCAGAUAAAAGGCCACGUGCGUUUGCAGUAUGAGAGUAGCUACACAGACGCUGCUGUUCUUCAGGACAUCCCCAUUUCGAUUCGCGCUAAGAUUUCCCAGACUCUGUAUUUACCAUCCAUUGAAAAUGUUUGUCUCUUUAAGGGAUGCUCUGCAGAAUUCAUCAAUCAGAUUGUUAUUAAGGUGCAUGAGGAGUUUUUCCUCCCAGGUGAAGUGAUAAUGGAACAAGGAAAUGUUGUAGAUCAACUUUAUUUUGUCUGUCAAGGUGCGCUGGAGGAAGUUGGAAUAGGAGAAGAUGGCUCAGAAGAAACUAUUUCUUCUUUACAACCCAAGAGCUCUUUUGGAAUAAUUUCAAUUCUUUGCAACAUUCCUCAGCCAUACACCGUUCGCGUAUGCGAACUAUGUAGGCUUCUCCGAAUCGAUAAGCAAUCAUUUACAAAUAUCCUUGACAUAUACUUUCACGAUGGUAGGAAAAUAUUGAACAACCUUUUGGAGGGGAAAGAAUCUAACAUCCGUGUUAAGCAAUUGGAAUCGGACAUUACGUUUCAUAUUGGGAAACAAGAAGCUGAACUUGCCUUGAAAGUCAAUAGUGCUGCUUAUCAUGGUGAUCUGUAUCAGCUAAAAGGUCUCAUCCGAGCUGGAGCUGACCCCAACAAGACAGAUUAUGAUGGAAGAUCACCCUUGCAUCUUGCUGCAUCAAGAGGCUAUGAAGACAUUACACUUUUCCUUAUUCAGGAAGGAGUGGAUGUCAAUACUAAAGAUAGUUUUGGGAACACGCCCUUGCUGGAAGCCCUCAAGAAUGGACAUGACCGAGUCUCAUCUUUACUUGUGAAAGAAGGCGCCUCCUUGAAGAUAGACAAUGCGGGUAGUUUUCUGUGCACUGCUGUUUCUAGGGGAGACUCAGACUUUCUUAAAAGGAUAUUGGCAAAUGGCAUUGAUCCAAACUCCAAAGACUAUGACCACCGAACCCCACUUCACAUAGCUGCCUCAGAAGGACUGUACUUGAUGGCAAAGUUGCUGUUAGAAGCCGGGGCCAGCGUUUUCUCUAAGGACAGAUGGGGAAACACCCCACUCGAUGAAGGCAGGAUGUGCGGAAACAAGAAUUUGAUCAAGUUGCUUGAAGACGCAAAGGCUGCUCAGUUGUUGGAUUUCCCGUACCACGCUGGAGAUAAAGAGAAAGCGCACCAAAAGAAAUGCACAGUGUUCCCUUUCCACCCCUGGGAUCCUAAAGAAGAUAGAAGACCUGGGAUUGUGUUGUGGGUCCCAAACACCAUUGAAGAUCUUAUUAAGAAAGCAGCAGAUCAACUAGAAAUUUCAAGUGUUUCUUGUAUUUUAUCAGAAGAUGCAGGAAAAAUUCUUGAUGUAGACUUGAUCAAUGAUGGUCAGAAGCUGUACCUAGUGGGUGAAACACAUUCAAAGCAGUCUGUUGGAGAAUAGUCUUUGUAUUAUUUUGG